AAUGUCAUGUUUCAUUCGGAGAGCAUCGCUUUGGUUCAGCUGGAUGUGUUGAUCGAUCAGUUUGCGCACAGAUCCGCUGGAUAACACGCAAGUGUUCAUUGCCAGGCGGAAUUACUAUCACAGGCUGAUCCAGUUUUACACCGCGGACUUUUAGAUGAUGGCUCAUUUUAGAGCGAGGUUCAUUUGACGGUGGCGCAACUGACCACAGCCCCUAAGUUCGAGUCACCAUGGCAGCUGGAGUUGCGGCAUGGCUUCCCUUCGCCCGAGCAGCUGCCAUUGGGUGGAUGCCAGUCGCAAACUGCCCUAUGCCCGUGGCACCCAGGGAUCAAAGCAAGAGGCAAGAUGAGCUCAUCGUCCUGAAUGUCAGCGGGCGCCGUUUUCAAACCUGGAGGACUACGCUUGACCGCUACCCGGACACGCUUCUCGGUAGUACCGAGAAGGAGUUCUUUUAUAAUGAGGAGACCAAGGAGUACUUUUUUGACAGAGACCCAGAUUCCUUUCGAAGUGUCCUCAACUUUUACCGCACGGGGAAGCUGCACUAUCCUCGAUACGAGUGCAUCUCAGCCUAUGACGAGGAGCUUGCAUUUUUCGGCAUCAUUCCUGAGAUUAUCGGCGACUGCUGUUACGAAGAGUACAAGGACCGUAAGCGGGAAAAUGCUGAGCGACUGAUGGAUGACCAGGAGGAGAACAAAGACCUCAAACUGCCCAACAUGAACUUUCGAGAGACCAUGUGGCGAGCCUUCGAGAACCCCCACACCAGCACCAUGGCAUUGGUGUUCUACUACGUGACUGGUUUCUUCAUUGCCAUUUCUGUCAUCACAAACGUGGUGGAAACGGUCCCGUGCGGUUCCACGCCAAACCAAAAAGAUGUGCCGUGCGGGGAACGUUACACCGUGGCCUUCUUCUGCAUGGACACAGCCUGCGUAAUGAUCUUCACCGUGGAGUACCUCAUGCGCCUCUUCGCUGCACCCAGUCGCUACCGUUUCAUGCGAAGUGUGAUGAGCAUCAUUGACGUGGUGGCCAUCCUGCCCUACUACAUCGGCCUGGUGAUGACCAACAAUGAAGACGUGAGCGGUGCAUUCGUCACCCUGCGAGUCUUUCGUGUCUUUCGCAUCUUCAAGUUUUCCCGCCAUUCCCAAGGGCUGAGGAUUCUGGGAUACACGCUAAAGAGCUGCGCCUCUGAGCUCGGCUUUCUCCUCUUCUCACUUACCAUGGCCAUCAUCAUCUUCGCCACGGUCAUGUUUUAUGCAGAAAAAGGAUCCAGCUCCAGUAAAUUCACUAGCAUUCCAGCUUCCUUCUGGUAUACCAUUGUCACCAUGACCACACUUGGUUAUGGAGACAUGGUGCCCAAGACGAUCGCCGGGAAGAUUUUCGGUUCCAUCUGCUCGCUGAGCGGGGUGCUGGUAAUAGCUCUGCCCGUGCCCGUCAUCGUGUCCAACUUUAGCCGAAUCUACCAUCAGAACCAGAGGGCAGAUAAGCGUCGUGCUCAGAAGGUACAGAAAGCCCGUCUGUCCCGGAUAAGAAUAGCCAAAUUGGGCAGCUCCAAUGCCUACCUGCAGAGCAAACGUAACGGACUCUUCAAUGAGCUGUUGUAUCUGACGGGUUCAGAAGGAGAGGAACUGCACCGGAAUAAGACGACAUCUUUACUGGAGAGUCAACACCACCACCUAUUGCACUGCUUAGAAAAAACAACUGCCCACGAGUUUGUAGAUGAGCAGAUGUAUGAUCAGAACUGUACAGAGAACGCUCUACAGAGUUUCCCAUCCCGGAGUCCAUCUCUCUCCAGUCACGAGGGCUUCACUGGCACAUGCUGCUCACGACGCUCCCACAAGAGUAUCCCGCUGCCCAAUUCCAGCAUGUCCACCACACACACGCACAUGCACUCCCAAGGCCUGCAGGAGCUAAGUGCUAUUGACAUCCAGUGUGUGGAGCAGCCCUGCCACGGCCCAAGCCGUUCUAGCCUGAACUUGAACCCAAAUGAGCAGAGUCAACUGAACAAUAGAGGUCAACAGAUCACCACAGCCAUCAUCAGCCUGCCCUCACCACCCCCGCUGCUCUCCGAUGGGGUCGGACACGGACCACCCAACCCUCCCGCCACCAUCAGCACCACCGUUAGUUCGAACAUCAUCAAGGUGUCCGCCCUGUGACCCCUCCGACCGGGGAUGAACUUUAGGAUGACAGCGUGUGGCAGAACUGUUACGACAGAGGGCUUCGACACAAACAGAUUCACUGGACAUCGUAGGGUAGAACCGUAGAUGCCAAAUGGGGGGUGGGUGGCGUUUGAAAAGAGGCCAGUGCAGUUUUACAAGUUACUUUAUCAUGAGCCAAUAAGAGAAGAAAUGUGUCUCAGUGUUGGUAAUUCACUUCCAAGAAAGGACAGCGGUAUUAACACCAAAAUUUUAGCGCAGAGAUUACGUGACUGGGGAAUGGAUGGUACCGUGUGAAGUCUCAACGAGUGAAAGUGAUGUUGUGUUUAAACAUUUCAUUACAGUUUGGUUGUCCGUCAGUCUUUUCGAUAGGCACACGUCAUGUGCGACAAUCAAAGAGAUUUGAUAAUGUGUGAUAUUCACAAGGUCCUGUGGAGAUCUGUGUUGGUAAGUUUAAAUAUGGCUCUGUUCCCAAACCAAGUGAGUUGCCUGUGUAGACAGCAGCGAACUAUGUUUAAAAAAGCAACAUUGCAUGUAUUUUUCGUCAAAAAGGCAAUUCCUUUGUGCCUUGUGAUGAGCUCCUUAAAAAUAAAUGGACGAAUUAGAAAUCGAGAUGAAGAGAAAUGCUAAUUGUAUUUUUCAACAAUAGAAAACAGCCAGGAAAAAAAUCUGUGUCAUUAAAAAUAGACUGUUUAUCUUAAUACUUGUGGGUUUCGUGCAUGCUUUUGUUCAUAUCAUUAGCUUAGCAACAUAGUAUUGAUAAACACUUUUGAAAUCAGUUGUGGACACCUCUUUUGUUUCUUAUGAAACCUAUGUAGGGUUCGAAUUAAGGGGGUGCUGGGGCAGUCCCAGACUCCUCACAAGGUCUGAAAUAAUUAACUUGAGGGUCCCCUGGUUUUUUCAUUAAAACUAGAUUAUUAAAAACCCAAAAUAUUUUUUUGUCAAAUUAUCACGUUGUCCGUUAUUUGUCCAAAUUUCAUAAGACGCAAAAUGACAUUUUUGUCUGAAAAAUCCAUGCAUGCUCAAGCGAGCGCGCCACACAGUGUUCAAUGAAGACAGCACAGAGAUGUCACAACUUUGACGCGUCUCUCCCUUACUCGAUCCAGGGAUUUUUUUAUUAAUAUUCCAAAAAAAGGGACUAUCAUUGCAUUUCAAAAAUAUAAAAAAACAAGAAUCAAAGAUCAAGGAUAUUAAUAAAAAAAAUGGAAAAUAAAAGUAAAGGAAAAUGAUAUCAUAUGUUUUGAAAAACUUGUUACUUUAAAUUUCCAACCCAUGUGGAUAUCUCUUAAAGAAUUAUUAAGUAAUGUGGUCAAAUAACUGUGAUCCAAAUGAUCAUUUGAUUGAUUCUUUAACUGGCAGCACCGUGUUUUUUAUUUAUUUUUGAGGGCUGGUUUCGGGAACCCCAAAGCAAAGUGCUUUGAUACAAUUUGAGCACUUCAACAUUCUAAAGUCACUUUUAUUACGUCUGUUAUAAUUAGGAUGCUACAGUAAACGGCAGUGGACAAGGUAACUCACUUGGUUUGGAACAAGGCCUUGUCUAUGUUUGGAAAAUUAUUUUAUGUACCACAAUAAGCCAGAUGAACUUUAUAGAAGCCAACAGAUAUUCACAACAAUAUUUCUUCAAUCAAUACAAUGAUUCAUUUUUGUGUGUCUGUGUGUAGUGGAUGUGGUCUAGCCAACCCGUUUUCACUCCUGACUUGUAACAUAAUGACGAUCGUUCAGCACUCCUUGGCGUCACUUUUUAGCGCACAGGAUACUUCCUUUGGCGUCGUUUUUCGAUGAGCGAGACACUGGAGAGCCAAUGGCAUUGAAAAUGACGUAACUCUUCUUCUGGCGGCAAUUUUAAACGUUUGUUGCUCGGCUCACAAGAUCUGAGAUUCACAAUCACGCCGGACAGUGAUCGCUUCCAAAUCUGUUCCUCAUACAAAUCGACCAUUUGCCACUGGUACCCAUGGAAUAUUAUGAACAACAUUGUGACUGCUUGUACCUUGUGUUUUAUAUUACGAUAAAUAAACUGUUUCAUUUCUUGCACAAACUGCCUGAAUAGCGUCAUGUAAACACUAUUUUCCAAAAUGACACCAAAUUGGUACCCUGCGCGUUGAAAAGUGACAUCAUGGAGCACUGACCUAGUGUCGAUAUGUAACAAGUGAGGAGUGAGAAUAUGUUGGUCUAGCCUAAUCUCCAUUCCUCACACUCAUUUCAAUAAUUGAUCUUUCCCGUUCAGUUUUCUUUCACACUUUCAGGUGUUUUUCUUGCUCAAUAUGGAAAAACUGUGAUUUGAGUGGCUUAUUUUCUUUGCAGUUCCUUGACACCGGCUCUUAAUAGUUCUCUUUCUUAAUUUCAGUUUGUUGAUGUUGCAAUUUUAACAGAUCCUUCAGUUUAUAUGAACAGUAAUUCACUAUUACAGCACUUUAGAGGUUUCAGAUUAUUGAGCUGGAAAAUGUUAAACUUGUUUUUGUCAGUUCAUUGUCUCUGCAUUAAUUUCCUAUUGCAUAGGGAACGAUUCUAAUAAAUUAUUGUUUAAUAUGGAGAUCUUGUACGAAAAUUAUCAGGUGAUGUACACAAUUUCAGAGGUAAUUUUAAGUAUGGUUUACUUACAGAUCACAUGGUAUUGAUCAGUGAUAUAGAGCUAUUAAAACCAGAUAAUAACAUUGUAAAACUCACACAUUUCCCCUGCCUUCAACUUUUAAGUUCAAUUAAACUAGUUUUAUGAGCCGAUUGAACUAGAUAUUUUAAGUCAGUUCAAUAUAAUUGAAGUUUAUUCGACUCAUAAAGCUAAUUUGUUUAUUUAAAAAAAUUAAGUUUAUUAACUUCAUUCAAUUUUGAAGUUGUGUUUUUACAGGGAAUGCCAACUGUGAUGCAGUAUGUAUCUUUGAGGUACUAAUUUGUAGGUGCAAAAGUGUAUUUUAGGGGGACAGCCCCAGUGAGAUUAUGUACCAUUUUUCUGAGAGUGCACUACCUAGAAUAUGACUUAAAAAAUGUACCCCAUCACCCGGUCAAGAUAAAGUGAUCAAAUAAAUACUGUAUUGUUAUCUAGUCACGUUGUAUGUACUGUAUUACCUGAUUGACUCAAGUAUUUUUUCUAUAUAAUUUAACAUUUGUUUCAUUUAAAUUGCCUGAAUUUUAAUUCUGGUAAAAGGGUUGCAAACCUCAUCUAUUUUCUACCCUGUGUGGAGUAAGUACUUAUUCUGCCUUCACGUGCUCCCUGAAAUGUGAUAAUUCCCACAUCUGGGUACAGUUGCAUAAACAUAGCCGCCAAGUUAGACUGUGUCUUAACAACGAGUCUCAUUGACUAGUAGUGUGAAAGGACUAACCAGUCUUUCUUAUCUGAUUUCAAUUCGUCCAAUCUACCUUUUUAUCUAACUGAUUUGAAGAAAUUGUGACCAGACUUGAAAAAAAAAUGAGGUGACUUAUUAGGCUAGUCUAAGCAGUUUAUGCAACCGUCCCCUGAAGUCGUGAUUCCGAGCUUGUUGUGUUCAAUUGCUUUGUUGUCAGUAAGAACGGAGGUUUUGGAAAAAUGUUAUAUGGUGUUAGUUUUCAACCAUACAUAUUGGUGAAAUACAUGCUAUUUGAAAAAAAAAACGUUUAAUGUGUCUAUAUUCCAUGUUUAAAGUUUCAUGCGAUCCAUCUCGAGAAUUUGGUUGUCAAAAUUUCCCAACGUCCCAGUGGGAUACAAUCAUUUCCGGUAAUUCUGAGAGCAUGUGAAGGCAGGAUUAUUCUGUGAGAUGAUGACAUCACCAACCAGGAAGUGAAACAUUUGGUUGAGGCCAUUGUGUGUUUACUUUUGUUUGAGAAUUUUUUGUUAGUUUAUAGUCAUGUUCGCUUCCUUUUGGAUGGGGGGGUCUGUAUUACUGUUGCCGGUUAAAAUUGGAAAUCUCUGUAGAAAUCUGAAUUUGUCGGUUCUCAAUGCAGCAGGAAAACAGAAAGUAUUGUCAAAGUUGUGUUUUUAAGUCUUGUUCUUGCCAUAAAUCAAUCCUCAUAGCUUCUACUUUUGCCUGUUUAUGAGUUCUGUUUUGAUGUCUGUAGUGUAUAUUAUGUAAGUAGUUGUUCCUAAUUUAUGACUUUGUCUUGUGAUUUCUUCAAAGGAUCUGAUAAAAGCUUCAAACUGCAACCAAAAAUGAAUGUCCAGUUGUUUCUACAACAAAUGAA